AUGUUUGACGCGCCGUACGACAGCCCGCCGCUCUACAGCCCCAAGUUCAGCACUGGCAGCCUCUACCCGCCCCGAAGCCCCCACUCCCCCCUCUACACCCUCCACCAUGACCGCCACCUCGCCUCCCCCGACUCCUACUACUACCACGACACCUGGGAGGGCCGGCCGCAGCACUUCUACCGCUGGUUCUCCCCGCCGGGCGCCGUGAAGACGUUCCAGGGCGCCACGGUGCUCAUGUGCUUCCUGAUCUUCGCCUGCGUGGCCUCGACGCUGGUGUGGGACGUGGGCGGGUUCGGGUACGCUGGGUAUGGCGGGGUGGGGGUUGGGGUGGGGGCGGGGCCAGGAGGGGGAGGGGCGGGGACGUACUAUGGAGGUAGCUACGGUUACGGGAGCUCGUACAUGACGCCGCACGCAGCCAAGUCGGCCAUGAUUGCGAUGGCGGCGGUGAACUUCCUGGUGUCGCUGGGAUUCCUGGUCGGCAGCUUCUCGCGCUCGCGGUCCAUGAGGGGCGCCAGGUUCUAUCUCGCCGUGUUCGUGUGCGACAUCAUCCUCGCCGUGCUGCAGGGAAUCAUCGACAUCAUCUUUGUGAUCGGAGUGAACCCGAUGUCCCAGAGUUCCCAGAGCAUGUUGUAUAACCCCAUGUUGAUGAUGUGUCAGAGCGGGGGGGCUCCGGGACGUCCCAGUCUGAGCGCCGCUGCCGGGGGGGGCUUCCCUGGAGGGUUCCCCAUGUACUCCCAGUACCUGCACCACUACUGCUACAUGGACCCAGAGGAGUCCGUGGCCCUGGUCCUGGGGGUCCUGGUGGUCCUGGCGCUGGCCUUCGCUGCUUAUUACUCCUACAAGACACGCAGCAAGAUCUGGAGACACGGGAAGAGCAACAUCCUGUGGGACCAACCAGCCAGGGAGACGGGGGAGACGCUGCUGCACUGGGUGAGGAAGGGGGGAGACGCUGCUGCACUGGGUGAGGAAGGGGGGAGACGCUGCUGCACUGGGUGA